AUGGGAGUGGAAAUAUUUGAGAGAAUUGGAUGGCAUGGAAACAGCUAUGUGGUAUUUAGCAGGGAUGUUCUAUACUUUAUUGUGAUCAACAACGUAUUCCACGCAGGAUACGGUAACAGAAUAGAUUUGAGUAACAUGGUCUGUAAGCUGUUUGAUUACAGCUGGGAUGUGGAAAGAGGUGUGAAAGUGAUACUCUAUGAUUCAAUAGAGAACAAAAUGCUGAGUUUCAGAUACAGAAUAACCUACUUGGAUUUUAGUUCCCAAUUUUUAUGUAUUUUCACAGGUGGAGUCAUUUUGGCUCUGGUCUGCAAACGAAUAAACAGAAUUGUUGCAGGGAAUAAACCACAAAUCUCCUGA